AUGGAAAGUGCUAAUCUGGAGAAGAACCAGAUUUUAAUCUCGGACAUGAAGAUUUUCAAUUGCAUGGUUUUGACUACAAAAUCGGCUCCAAGUUCAGCAACAGUAACCACAGCUAAAAAAAGUACUACCAAAUUCCGCCUCUACAAAUUUAUGCUGCAUCUGGCAUGGUAUUUUGAGGAUGGCGCGACCAUGGGCGUCAACGGUGUCUAUGCU